AUGUUAGAGUUAGGAACUAUUCAACCGUUGUUGUAUUUACUUGGUGAAGAAAAUGCGUUUGAAUUGUAUUUACAAAUCGAAACUUGGAAGAACAACUACUUCGAUGACAAAGAUCACGGAAUCAUAUCAAAAAAAAUUAAAAUGAUCGAUUAUAUUUUGCAUAAUCAAUUAUUUGAAAAGAAAUAUCCGACAAUACAGCGAUUAGACAAACAAGUUAAAAUUCAACUGAUUCGUGGUAUUGUUCAUUUAUUCAAUAGUAAAGUUCAACCAGAAGCGUAUGGUAUAAUAUUAAUAAAUUCACAAGAUAAGGUGUUUUUAGUUCAAAAUGACAAACUGUAUUGGAGUUUUCCUAAAGGGAAACCCAAAAUAUUUCGCAAAUUUGAUAGUGUCACGAAUAAAAUUUAUUAUGAAUACGAAGAGAAAUGGAAUUGUGCCACAAGAGAGUUUUUCGAAGAGACAAAGGUUGAUUUAACAUCGUAUAAACCCACAGAUUACUGGAUAGCAAGAUUAAAUGAUGGUCGAAAAAUUGGACUAUUCGUAAUUGAUAGAUUUUGUCAAAAUGCCGAAUUUCAAUCAGACAAACGAGAGAUAUUGAACACAAUCUGGCUCGAUAUUCGUAAUCAACAACGUGAAAUGGAGGCAUUAAAGAUGAUUACAAAAGAAGGACGAGCCCUGAAACAUAUAUAUGUUAGUGCCAUACCAUUCCUUAGACAUUUGUUGGUCAAUUAUUUGCCAGCGAGAGAAUUAGAGCGACAUCGAUCAGAAUAUCCUUGUCAUCGAUCAUCUACUCCAAAUCUUCAUUCGAAACAUCGUUCGUGUGUGUUACGCGAAUUGUUACCAAAUCUUAGUGCACCAACAACAUCACCCAUGUCUGUAAAUUCAGUCGUCGAAAUACCUGUUAGUGUAGAGAAAUCUGAAACAUCGAUCACGUCUCUAAAUUCAGUCGUCGAAAUACCUGUUAGCGUAGAGAAAUCUGAAACAACGAUCACGUCUCUAAAUUCAGUCGUCGAAAUACCUGUUAGUGCAGACAAAUCUGAAACAUCGAUCACGUCCUCACCGUUAAAUUCAACUAUUUUUCAAAAACUAUUUGGAUUUUCAGUAGUUACUGAUGCACCUGUACUCAAAAUUGAUUGGAACUUAAUGAUAAAAGAGUUGACAGAUGCAGGUUUAUAUCUACCACGUAAAAAGUCGCCAAGCAAGGCUGAUGCUCAUCUAAGUCCAUUAUCCCAAGAAGAAGAAAUUUAUGUGCAAUGA